UUACCUAAUCCUAUCAUAUUAAAGAAAUCAAAUCAAGAAAAAUCUACCAAAUUUUUCAUGGGUGAUUCUUCUUCUUCUACUCCUCUAGAUUUUCAUGCUUUGAAUUCUACUUGUAACAACAAUUCCCCUCUUUUGAUGAAUUCAAAUAUGGAACUUCUAAAUAGCAUAAGCCAACAACUUGAAAAUGAUCAAAAUUUCACCUCAAAUAUUCAUCAACAACAUGGUUUUUUGUCUUUGUCAAAUGAUCAAAACUUCUCUAAUCAUCAUCAUCAACAUGAACUCAACAUCAUGCCUAAUUUUCAUAAUGAUCAUAUGAAUAAUAUUAGCCAUGAUGUUUAUGAUCCCACCGUCGCGGUUGCUGCUGCUCAAUUUUUUACCUUGGGAGGUCCAAGUUAUGGAUGUACUAGCUCAAUUCCAGAAUCAGAAUCCAUGUUGAAUAAUAAUAAUAACAAUAAUAUUCCAACUCCUCCUUUAGUCUCUGGAAAUACUAGCAAGAAUACAUGUGAAGGGAGAAAGAGAAAAAGGAACAAUCAAAAAGAAGUUGAGAAACCAAGAGAAGUUGUACAUGUUAGAGCAAAGAGAGGCCAAGCUACUGAUAGUCACAGUUUGGCUGAAAGACUUCGAAGGGAGAAAAUCAAUGAAAAGCUUAGAUGCUUGCAAGAACUUGUUCCUGGAUGUUAUAAGACUAUGGGAAUGGCAGUGAUGUUAGAUGUAAUAAUCAACUAUGUCCGGUCAUUGCAAAAUCAAAUUGAUUUUCUUUCAAUGAAACUAUCAGCAGCAAGUUUGUUUUAUGAUUUUAAUUCAUCAGAGAUGGAUGAUAUGGACUCAAUGCAGGGAACAAAUGGGUAUGCAGCAGCUCAAGGAAUGGGGAAAAAUACUGUUGGAGAAGGGUAUGGAGGAUUUCCUCAAUUUCAAACAUCUUGGCCUCUUUAAUUUGACCUACUUAUCAUCACACUUUAAUUUUAAGAAAAUAUACUCAAUUUAUAUUAUUAUCCCUAUAAUAUGUAACAGAUAAUUAGUAUGUUUGAACUCUUUUUUAUUAUAAACCUUGAUUU